UGUGUUGAGUGCAUUUACUUUUAUUUAUUGGUCUGCAAAAUGGUGAUAUCUUGUUCAGCAUAUUCCUGUACCAACAGGCAGGGUAAAGCAGCUAAAUCUAUCUCUUUCCACAGAUUCCCUCUGAAGGAUACCAAACGCUUAGCAAAGUGGAUUAAUGCUGUUGGGCGGACUGACUGGAAACCAACCAAGUUUUCCUUCUUGUGCAGUGCUCACUUCACCAAGGACAGCUUUCAAAAGCGUCAGGAAGAUCAGCAUCAUCGGCUGAAAUUUAAUGCUGUUCCUUCCAUCUUCCACUUCUCAGAACGUAAGAAAACAGUAGAAGAUCAGCACAGACGCUGCCAGGGUGCAUCCAAAAUACAGUCAACUCCAGCUAGUCAGCAAAAGGUUUAUCUCCUUCAUGAACAAUUGAACAAUAAGGGAAAUGAGCUCCUUAAACCCAAUUCUGUAAUGUUGGAGAGCGAACAUGUGCUUGAGACGGUUCAUGUGCUGGGUGAACUUGCCACUUCUCCUACUUUCUUGGUGGCAAAUGAACCCACUGGGUGUAAAGUUCCUGAUCAACAGUGCACUUCGCAGUCUGAAGUUAGUAAGAUCACAGCCACUGAAAGAUUGCUGAUUGACAGCACUGUACCAUUUCCCGAAGAUGCUACCCCAUCUGCCUCUGGUGCUUGCAAACUAAUUAGUUCACUGCAUUCAUACUGUUUAACUCCACUGCAUGGUUCCUUUAUCAAAGAUCAGGUCAUGAAAAAGAACACUGAGCUAAAGAUCCUGAGAGAACAAAGUGGUCGGGUUGGGAAGCAAGUGAAAAAAUUAGAAGGAUGGAUCUGUCGACUCCAGGAAAGCAAUUCCACUCUAGUAAGGCACUUUCUACCUCAGGAUCAUGUUCAUUUGAACCCAGCCAUUGAGCCUCUCUCUUGGAUGUUGGGUACCUGGAUUUCUGACCCGUCUGGGGAAGGUUGCUACCCAACUAUCAAACCUUUCAAGUACAUGGAGGAAGUCCAAAUCACGCACGUUGGUCAGCCCAUGCUGAAUAUCUCAUUUAAUGGUUUCAAUCCUGAAACCAGGAAGCCAAUGCAUAGGGAGUGUGGCUUUAUCAGAAUCAAGCCUGGCACCAACAAAGUGGCAUUCAUCAGCGCCCAAAACACAGGUAUUGUGGAGAUUGAAGAAGGAGAGGUGAAGGAUCAGGAGCUGACAUUGUCUUCGCAUUCUGUGGCUCGAAUGUCCUUUGCAAAGGAGCCACACGUUCAGCAAAUUUCACGGACAUUCAGACUCACAAAGGAAGGGAAGUUGGAGCAAACCGUUUUUAUGGCAACUGAUAAACAACCUCUACUUCAGCAUCUCCAUGUAACCUACACACGCAGUUCCUAACAGUGUAUUAUGUAACAUGUUUGCAAGGUACACAUGCUUUCCAUUUUACACUGUAGCCUCAUUGUGUUAAACUUGAGCACUUUAAGUGGUGGUUGCAGAUUUUACUUUUGGAGAUGUAUAAUUGAUUGACCACAACAGUGGAAAUUACCAUCUGUUCAUUUUACAAAAUAUGGAAUGUCUCAGAAUAUGCAUGACGGCCUUUGAAAGAUUGUAAGAGCUUUCUAUUGACUUGGUGGCAAGUCGUGACAAUCAGGGAAACUUCUGUAAUGAUUUUGUUUUGCCUUCCCAGACAAAUAAGAUUUUGUGUUCCUUUCACUCACUAGUUAAAAUCGAGUGAUAGAUAACUUAGUAUCCAGCAGCCCUAUACUGCUAGAUUACAUCUGUCUCUUUGAAGCUCUCUUUAUUUGACAUUUCUUCUGGACUCCACUCUCCCAAGCAUCUAAUCUAGGUUGACUCCAUUGUUAGCAUACUAUUAAAUGCAAUAACAGAGACUACCUCAGCUCUGCCAGGCAGAGGGAUGAAGAAGUUGCUUUUCAUAUCAGUACUGAAUGGCCAACUUCUUAUUUUGAGACUGUGGUCCUUGGUCCAGACACCCCAGCCAGAGGAAAUACCAUCUCUCAUCAAGGUAAUGUUACCAGUGUCAAGGUAAUUGUCAAGGUAAUGUUACCAGUGUAAUGUAUGUUCAGUGGCUGUGAAGUCUAGUGGUAAUGUGCCUUUUUCUUAAACUGGUGCAGUUCCUGUGGUAGGUGCUGCAGCCGUAGUGAUGUAAGGUUGACAUUGAAGACUGGAUUGCAUGAUGUGUUUAAAUCAAAACUUCACAAAUACGUUAAAUGAAAGUGGGAGUGAUUCUGAGCUGGAGAACAUUAACUUGAAGUUUUCAGCAAAAUUAAUGACUUGAUUCAUCCUUUAUUGUGUAAAUAAAUGUCCACAAAUUGUA